AAAGCAUUCCGCACAUGGUUGGAUGGCCCCUCUCAGGCCCCUCUGUCUCUGCUGCAGCCAAUCAAGAACGCCCCUCCGGGGAAGAAAUAUGUGAGGUGUCCCUGCAACUGCCUGCUGAUCUGCAAGGUGACCUCCCAGCGCAUCGCCUGCCCUCGGCCCUACUGCAAACGAAUCAUUAACCUGGGCCCCGUGCACCCGGGUCCCCUGAGCCCCGAGCCCCAGCCCGUGGGAGUGCGGGUCAUCUGCGGGCAUUGCAAGAACACAUUCCUGUGGACGGAGUUCACAGACCGCACCUUAGCCCGCUGCCCGCACUGCCACAAAGUGUAAGUUGCUUGCCCUGCCUGGGGGGAGAUCCACUGCCCUGGGCCUAGGGG